GCAGGGCUGGGGAGGCCCAGUGGGUCCCUCCCCUGGAUGGAGCCCAAGGCUGAUUGGCUUUCAUUGAGCGUGUUAAUGCUUUUAGUCUGAGGCUAGAACGGGAGUGUCACGCUCCCUUUCCUAGGACUUUGCCUGCUCUUGUGAUCUCUGGUGACUUUUCAGUCAGUCCCCUACCCCACUCCCCACCCCGCACUCUUCUGGGCAGUGUCUCAGUUCCUGAAGCAGUGAGGCCUGACUCCUAAGAGCUGCGGACUUGGCUGCCAGGUGGAUCUUUCCCAGCGAGCCCCCCAGAGAUGGUGGAGUCUUGCAAGUUAUUUCAUUUCAUGGUGUACAGCUAGCUCACAAAAUGACACUAAUAAUUGCUUUGCUGCCCAUGUUCUGCCUAUAACAGGUGUAUAUUGGGAGGGCAGUUCAUGCUCUCCAGGAGCUCAGAAUUCAUCUGUAUGAAAGGCAAACACAGCCAGGGUCAGCUUUUCCCCUGCUCCCCAUUCCUGGUGGUGGAAUGUUGAGAGCAUGCUGCAAGGCCAGCGCUGUGGAGCCCCAGGCCAGGGGCUGGGGUGGGGGGAGAGGCUAUGGUCCCUGGGAAGCCCCACAAAAUAAGGAGCACUUGGAGGAGCUUUGAGGGCAAGUGCGUCUAUGGUAGUCUCUCUCCCUCCACUCAGGAACCUCGCUCUGUACCCCCAGCCCCCUGCCAAGCCCACCAGCUCACAGCUGUAGCUAACAAACCUGUCCCAGAGCACAGCAGCACUGAGGGCCCAGCCUGGGCUUGCAUCGUGACCGAAAGGACAUGUUGCUCUGAGAGACGUCACUGACAAAACUGUGUGUGCAUGGUCCUGGGACUGAGUGGUCAGUGCCCUCAGCCAAACCCACCAUGGUAGGGCUCGUGGGAUGGGGGGCUGGUGUGAGAAGGCUCUCAGCAAGCCAGGGCCCGACAAGAGUCAGGUCCACCCGCCCACCAGCGGGGCCCUGACGGGGACAGAGAAAGGAUCUGCCCUUGGAGAGAGCUAUGUCUGGAGCCAGGAGGGCCCGUCGUAGGCUGUCUGGAGCUGCUGCGUGGUCAGGCCAAGCCGCCCUCAGUUCCCUGCUCCCCUUGCCCUUCUCUAGACAUCUUGCCCAUCCUCUCUCAGACCCAGCCCGCCCUUCCUCCUGGAGGACCCCUCCCAUGGGAACGCCCUGACCCAGACCCUCGGUGAGACAGCUGUGUAGGCGGCCCCAGCGGACCCUGUGCCCCCGGGGAAUUGCUCAAGUGUUUCGUUACCUUUGUCUGGUUUCCUUUGCUGAUGUUUUUCCAAGGGCCUCGGCUGAGCGCCUCAGUUUGUGUAAGCAGGGCCUAGAGACGCCGAUGCCAUUUCAGACUUGCCGGUCAGAGGCAGAGCUGGCCCUGGCAUUCCAAAUCCUAGAACGUGGGAAGAGUUGUGCCAGGGGUUUCUGGGGAGGGAUCCUCCCCCGUCAUCUGGUGCUUUCCCAGCCUGUCCUGGAUGGAAAAGUGUGAACCCUCUGGAAUUUCCUCCUCUGUGUUACUUAUCAUCACACUGAAAAAGGGAGAAUUUCCUGAAACCUGUGACUCGAUAAGGGAUCCCCUCACCAGGCUGUGAAAUGUCUGUUUCCAAAUCUGAGUCUCAAAAGAUGAUCUUUGCUCCAUUUUUCCUUUGACGUCCUUUUAGGACGUCAGCCUGGGUGCUCCCCCAAGUCCUUGGCCUUGGGGUCACUGGUGAAAGCCCAACCUGUAUCUGGCUCCCAGGUGUUACCACGUCCCUCCCCACCCCAGGUGUGUGUCCCCUUCUGUCCAGCCAUGAACCACACCACCUGGUUGUCCUUGGGGGGGUGUGAGUGUGGGGCUGGGAGGCCUGGUCUUCCCGCCUUCCUUCUGCUCCAGGAACCCUAGGGAGAAACACCAAACCCUUUUCUGGGACUGAGAACAAAGUUUCCAAAAUGACUUUAUCAUGAGUUUGGUUAUUUGAGAGAAUAGCUUUUAAUUAAGAAGGAAACUUGGUUAAUUAAAAGAAAUCAGGGAGAAAAUUGUCAACAUACUCUGAUAUCAAGUGUAUAAUAACAAACAAGAAGGGAGGGCGGAGGCCAGGAGUACGCCAUGCUGUUAACAGUGGUCAAAUUUUUAAAUUCUCCAGAUAUUUUUUAAUCAGUGUAUUUUUCAUAAUGGGAAAACGUAGAAACUCACUUAGCGAGGGGAAGAAAUGUACACUGACAAGGUUAGUGUGCAUCACAGGCCACUCCCAGAGUGAGCUGAGUGUGUUUGUGUCCAUGCUCACCCCAGUGCUGAUGGAAACAGGACCAGAACAGGCCGGAAAGGAGGAAAAUUCUAAACAGCCAGUUUUUGAAAGAGGGGAAGAAGCAAAAUGGUUUCACACAGUCCCCUAUGAACUGUCCCAGCAGUGGGGCCCUGGUUCUCCUGAAUGAACAAUCCCCCCGGGUCCCGGUUCAUCCUGGGGCUCCUGCAGGAUCCAGGAUUUGGAGACCUUCUUGUUAAGGGGUGCUCAGGCAGGCUUCAAACCUCAGAAGUCUGCCUUGCUGAAUGCAGUGCCAGCCUUCUCUAAUCACUGUGCCCCCAAGUGGUCACUUGUACCUGUACAUUGCAUCCAGGGAAAAGGUUGUAAUUAACCAGUUUCUGGACUGCACAAUUUGCAAUUUAAUACUUAUGAUGAAAAUAAUACGGUAUGACCCAAAGGCGUGAGAAAGGAAUCCAAAUGGUAUCUGUGUGUGUGUGUGCAUGUGUGUGUGAGCACACUCACAUAUGCACACGUGCAUUUCCACUUACAGAGGAACCUGCCAGAAGAAGGGUGGCCGCGAGCAGAGCCCUCCCAAGAACCCAGAGGCUGCUCCCUUUCCCCGAGCGCUCCUCCUUGGCUUUGACGGCCUGCCUCCCUGCAACAAUCUCCAUGAUAGUCGCUUUGGCAGCCUGCCAGAGUCUACUGGCUGGCCUCCCGGUGAUGCUGUCCCUGCGCUGAGUGUUGGUGGCCAUCGAGGGCUUUGCAUCCUGGGGACUAAUCCUGAGCUGGCCAGAGACGGACGGUGCAAGCAGGUCCGGCCUCUGUUUCCCUGUGAGGAGCCGCCGCGGCCCACCGAGAUGUCCCGGCACCACAGCCGUUUCGAAAGAGAGUACCGGGUGGGCUGGGACCGCCGCGAGUGGAGUGCCAACGGGACGCAUGGGACCACCAGCAUCUGCAGCGCCACCGCCGGGGCCGGUGGCGGCACCGUCAGCAGCCUCAGCACCCGGCCCGGCCUCCUGCCUCUGCCCGUGGUGCCCUCCCGGCUGCCCACGCCCGCCACGGCCCCCGCCCCCUGCACCACCGGCAGCGGCGAGGCCAUCACCAGCCUCGUGGCCAGCUCGGCCUCCGCCGUCACCACCAAGGCCCCCGGCAUCUCCAAGGCGGACAGUCAGUCCCAGGGACUCACAACCAGCAUCCGGUGGGGGCAGACGCCCAUCAAUCAGUCCACACCCUGGGACACGGAUGAGCCACCCUCCAAACAGAUGAGGGAGAGCGACAAUCCAGGCACAGGGCCGUGGGUGACCACGGUGGCCGCCGGGAGCCAGCCCGCCCUGAUCGCACACUCCUAUGGAGUGGCCCAGCCUCCCACCUUCAGCCCGGCUGUGAACGUCCAGGCCCCGGUCAUUGGGGUGACCCCCUCACUGCCUCCCCAUGUGGGGCCCCAGCUCCCGCUGAUGCCAGGCCACUACUCGCUCCCACAGCCGCCCUCUCAGCCACUGAGCAGCGUGGUGGUCAACAUGCCCGCCCAGGCCCUGUAUGCCAGCCCACAACCCCUGGCCGUGUCCACCCUGCCCGGUGUGGGGCAGGUGGCCCGCCCGGGACCCACCGCCGUGGGCAACGGCCACAUGGCAGGGCCCCUGAUGCCGCCACCACCACCGGCCCAGCCGUCUACCACUCUCCCCAGCGGUGCCCCCGCCACCAAUGGGCCCCCCACGACCGACUCGGCCCACGGGCUGCAGAUGCUGAGGACCAUUGGCGUGGGGAAGUAUGAGUUCACAGACCCCGGGCACCCCAAAGAAAUGUUGAAGGAAUUGAACCAGCAGCGCAGAGCGAAAGCGUUUACAGACCUGAAAAUUGUUGUUGAAGGCAGAGAGUUUGAAGUCCACCAAAAUGUUCUAGCUUCCUGCAGCUUGUAUUUCAAGGACCUGAUUCAAAGGUCCGUGCAAGACGGCAGCCAGGGCGGCCGGGAGAAGCUGGAGCUCGUCCUGUCCAACCUGCAGGCCGACGUCCUCGAGCUGCUGCUGGAGUUUGUCUACACCGGCUCUCUGGUCAUCGACUCGGCCAACGCCAAGACCCUGCUGGAGGCGGCCAGCAAGUUCCAGUUCCACACCUUCUGCAAAGUCUGUGUGUCCUUUUUGGAGAAGCAGCUGACGGCCAGCAACUGCCUGGGGGUGCUGGCCAUGGCCGAGGCCAUGCAGUGCAGCGAGCUCUACCACAUGGCCAAGGCCUUUGCGCUGCAGCUCUUCCCCGAGGUGGCGGCCCAGGAGGAGAUCCUCAGCAUCUCCAAGGACGACUUCAUCACCUACAUCUCCAACGACAGCCUCAACACCAAGGCCGAGGAGCUGGUGUAUGAGACCGUCAUCAAGUGGAUCAAGAAGGACCCCGCGACCCGUGCGCAGCACGCGGCGGAGCUCCUGGCCGUGGUCCGCCUCCCCUUCAUCCACCCCAGCUACCUGCUCAACGUGGUGGACAACGAGGAGCUAAUCAAGUCGUCGGAAGCGUGUCGGGACCUGGUCAACGAGGCCAAGCGCUACCACAUGCUGCCCCACGCCCGCCAGGAGAUGCAGACGCCCCGCACCCGGCCCCGCCUCUCAGCAGGUGUGGCCGAGGUCAUCGUGCUGGUCGGGGGCCGUCAGAUGGUGGGGAUGACCCAGCGCUCGCUGGUGGCCGUCACCUGCUGGAACCCGCAGAACAACAAGUGGUACCCCCUGGCCUCGCUGCCUUUCUAUGACCGCGAGUUCUUCAGUGUAGUGAGUGCCGGGGACAACAUCUACCUCUCAGGUGGGAUGGAAUCAGGGGUGACGCUGGCGGACGUCUGGUGCUACAUGUCCCUGCUCGACAACUGGAAUCUGGUCUCCAGAAUGACGGUCCCCCGCUGUCGGCACAACAGCCUCGUCUACGACGGGAAGAUCUACACACUCGGGGGACUUGGCGUGGCGGGCAACGUGGACCACGUGGAAAGGUACGACACCAUCACCAACCAGUGGGAGGCCGUGGCGCCGCUGCCCAAGGCCGUGCACUCCGCCGCGGCCACCGUGUGCGGCGGCAAGAUCUACGUGUUCGGCGGCGUGAACGAGGCGGGCCGGGCGGCGGGCGUCCUGCAGUCCUACGCGCCGCAGACCAACUCCUGGAGCUUCAUCGAGUCCCCCAUGAUCGACAACAAGUACGCGCCCGCCGUCACCCUCAACGGCUUCGUCUUCAUCCUGGGGGGCGCUUAUGCCCGGGCCACCACCAUCUACGACCCCGAGAAGGGCAACAUCAAGGCGGGCCCGAACAUGAACCACUCCCGCCAGUUCUGCAGCGCCGUGGUGCUCGACGGCAAGAUCUACGCGACGGGCGGCAUCGUGAGCAGCGAGGGGCCCGCCCUGGGCAACAUGGAGGCCUACGAGCCGGCCACCAACACGUGGGCGCUGCUGCCCCACAUGCCCUGCCCCGUGUUCAGACACGGCUGCGUGGUGAUCAAGAAGUACAUCCAGAGCGGCUGAGGCGCCCGGCGGGGCUUGGACGAGCCCGGCGAGGCGAGGCGAGCGCUCCUCACGGCGGUCGGUUUCCAGCAGCACCAACAGAGGCCGACGCCGCACCCAGGAACCCCCUGCGCUGACCUUUCGAACGCUCUGCAUUGAAUGUAGAAAAUCAUCCUCGCCUUUAGGGGCCCCCGGGGCUCGGCGCUCCGGGGCCCUCCCAGCCAGGGGCGCCCGGCCUCCUGCGAGGCACUUGCUCUGAGUGGAGGCGCUCGCUCUGCCCGGUCCAAUAGAGUUUCACAUAUUUUUCCACUGGGAGAGAGAAGCUGUUUUUUCCUUCCUGCAGAGCAAGCUCGGCCCCUGAGCACGCAGCUCAGCUACCCUGUGACAAUACUAGGCGUCAGGCUCUCUUGGAAUAAGAUCAAAGUGUCCUUAUCACUUUGAUUCCUGCUUUUGUUUUUAAUCAAUCUACACUUGCAAGUGGGCGAGGGAAAAGGAGGACAACCUGUGCGGCAGGGGCUUAGGGAGCCGCUGGACCAGGCCAGCCCCGGGGAGCAGGAUGUGGCCAGAGGCUGGGGGUGCUGGGGACGGCCAACGAGCCCGCUGCCAUUGCCAGGGUUCACCGCCGUGUUUCUGCUGGGGAAGGGCGACGUGACUGUGCUAGCUUUCUCUUAUCCAAUACGAGUUAUUUAGAUUUCCAAGGCAUUUUCUUGAUAAACAAAAGGCUAUUUUUAAGUACUGAGAGGAGGAGGAGGCCACAGGAGACGUGGGGACCCCCAAAGCUCUUCAUAGGUGGUGGCAGAGCGGGGCAUUUGCUCUAAUUUUUCUAUGUGCAGAAUAGAGGACCUCUCCUGGGGUGGGGGCGAGUGCCCCCCCGUUUUAUUUUUUAGAAGAAGUGACUCCCAGACAGCCCCCAUAGAAGCAGUGCCUCCUGGAGGUGCUGCCAAGGAAGAUUCUGUUCUGGAAGGAAACCAGUCCGGCUCCCUCCGUGAGGUACAGCUGAGGACCCAGGCCGGGUGGGGAGGGGUGGAGGGAAGCGGGAGAAUAAAUGUCUACAAAGCACAGGAGACUAUUUUUGAUAUUUAUAGCUAUAUAUUCAGGCACCUGCCUCCAUAGCUCUCAGGAUGGGGACAGCCUCUUAGACGAGCCAUGGCCGCCACGGCCCGAGGGCACGAGCAGGAGCUCGCUUCUUGUAGCAUCUUCACCCGAGAAAGGAAGCCAGGAAGGAGGGGUCGUGGCUCCAAAGAGAAGCCCCUGCCCGUCCGCAGCCCCGCGCCCCCCGCACGGUGAUCAGCUUCCAUCCCGGGCCAGUAGGACGCCGCCACCGCGCUGUUGAGUUGAAGUUGGUACCAAAUACACAUUUGCCAUUUUCCUAUUUCGGAAGUCAACUUGCUGUCAUUUCACGGGAAGAACCAUUUCGAAGGAGAAGGACAGCACACACUCUCCACUUGCAGUCUCUGAGGACACCAGGUUCCGGUCGCCACGUCGGCAUCGAUUUCUAGCACUCCAGCUGUGGCUCCCCCUUGGACAGGACACCAAGCUUCGUUAUGCAGUUUUUAAUAUUAUUUAUUCUUUUAAAAAGUAAUAAGCACAAAACUACAUACAUUGUAUGUCAUUUAAAGUAUUUAUGUCAAACAGGGUGCAAGUGUGAACCCCAGGACUGGAGCACAAAUUUCUAACUGCCCGGGGCAGGGCUCAUGUUAGCGUCGGUGUGUAACGUCUGCCUCCAAAGGAGGUGUUAGUGGUCAGCAAGACUCAACACAGAUGACCUUGCAAAUUCCGUUCCUCUCAUCUAUCACACUGGAGCAAAACUGGCUAUUUCUGUGAAUGAUAGAAAACAGGGUUCUCUGUAAUGGUAUUGUACAUAGUAUAUGUUUAUUGUUAAGUUCUUGUUAUAUUAUAAUAAAUAUAUUUAUAGAUCUAGACCUGGAAGCCAAUGUCAUGUGUUUGUGUGCCAAGGCCCAGGCCGCAGUGAGGACCCCCAGGACAGACCUUCUUCCUCUCUGCCAUCAGCUGUCUGGGCCCCCUCUAGACUCGAAUGCAGAUGGGCAUGAUUAGAUGGGACAGGACGGCUUAGCAAGGGGAUGUGGCAUUGAAGAGGAAGCCAAGGAUUAAGGGCAAGUAAAGGCCAAGUUGAAGGGAUUUGCAAAUAC